GAAUGAAAGCUCCUCAAGAUGGCGGCGGCCGGGGCCGAGGCGCCAGGAGGUGAGGGCUGGAGAGCGGCGCCCCGCACUGUCCCCCGUCCGCCGGGCAAACUCCCGAGGCCCGAAAAGCGGGGCCGAAACGCGCGGGCCGGCCGGAGCGCGACGCGGCGAGACAUCGCCUUCCGCGCGGCUGACACCGCGGCCCCCAGACGCGCGCCGCGGGCUCCUCCCUGCCCCCGGCCCCUGACCCUCCUCGCGGCUCGGCCCGCCCGCUGCCCGCAGUCUCUUCCCGCGCCCGGCCCUCGCGAGGCCCGGCCCCCGCCCUCCGCUGCCGUCCCACGGACCCGGCGGCCCAGUCCCCGCCGCCGGUCGGCCCCGACACCCCACCCCGCCCGACCGCCGUUUGGGGGCAACCGGGUAGCUACGGCGGAUCCUUGCGCGGCUCGAGCUUGGUGUGUGCCUUGCCUAGUUUCACUUGAUACUCUUCAGGAAUUAUGUAGAAAAGAAAAGCUCACAUGUAAAUCGAUUGGAAUCACCAAAAGGAAUCUAAACAAUUAUGAGGUGGAAUACUUGUGUGACUACAAGGUAGUAAAGGAUAUGGAAUAUUAUCUUGUAAAAUGGAAAGGAUGGCCAGAUUCUACAAAUACUUGGGAACCUUUGCAAAAUCUCAAGUGCCCAUUACUACUUCAGCAGUUCUCUAAUGACAAGCAUAAUUAUUUAUCUCAGGUAAAGAAAGGCAAAGCAAUAACUCUCAAAGAAAAUCACAGAGCCUUGAAACCUGCUGUUGCUGAAUACAUUGUGAAGAAGGCUAAGCAAAGGAUAGCCCUGCAGAGGUGGCAGGAUGAACUCAACAGAAGGAAGACUCACAAAGGAAUGAUUUUUGUCGAAAAUACUGUGGACUUAGAGGGGCCCCCUUCAGACUUCUACUACAUUAAUGAAUACAAACCAGCUCCUGGAAUCAGCUUAGUAAAUGAAGCUACCUUUGGUUGUUCAUGCAGAGAUUGCUUCUUUGAAAAAUGUUGUCCUGCUGAAGCUGGAGUUCUUUUGGCUUAUAAUAAAAAUCAACAAAUUAAAAUCCCACCUGGCACCCCCAUUUACGAGUGCAACUCGAGGUGUCAGUGUGGGCCCGAUUGUCCCAACAGGAUCGUACAGAAGGGCACACAGUAUUCCCUUUGCAUCUUUCGAACGAGCAAUGGCUGUGGCUGGGGCGUAAAAACCCUUGUGAAGAUUAAAAGAAUGAGUUUUGUCAUGGAAUAUGUUGGAGAGGUAAUCACCAGUGAGGAAGCCGAGAGACGUGGGCAGUUGUAUGACAACAAAGGAAUCACAUAUCUCUUUGAUCUGGACUAUGAAUCUGAUGAAUUCACAGUGGAUGCAGCUCGAUACGGAAAUGUGUCUCAUUUUGUGAAUCACAGUUGUGACCCAAACCUUCAGGUGUUCAAUGUUUUCAUUGAUAACCUCGAUACCCGUCUUCCCCGAAUAGCAUUAUUUUCCACGAGAACUAUCAAUGCUGGAGAAGAGCUCACUUUUGAUUAUCAAAUGAAAGGUUCUGGAGAUGUAUCUUCAGAUUCUAUUGACCACAGCCCAGCCAAAAAGAGAGCCAGAACUGUGUGCAAAUGUGGAGCUGUGACUUGCAGAGGUUACCUCAACUGAAUUUUCAGGAAAUAGAACUUAUGAUGAUUACAGUGUUUUUUCUAAUGUUAACAUUUUAAAAGUAUUUCAGACUUUUUUCAUAUUAUCAAGAUUAUACACUACGAUGAUUUACAAUUCAUCUUUCAGACUGUUGGCCAAAUGCAUUACUGAUACUUAUUAUGAAGAGAGGCACAUAGGGUCACAUACACUAAUUCUAAAUAAACAUAUUCAGUGGCUAGAUACCAAACAUGAAAGGAAAACUAUUUGCAAAUCAACAGAUAUAUACUUAAGAGGAAGUCUAUGUGAAUAUAGAGAAAUGCCUCCUUCAGUGUUUGUUAAACUGAUGAUGUAACAGUUGCUAAGACUGAACAUUCAAUUCGCCAUACACCUUGAAUUUAGAGAAAUAGAGUUAAUUCAUAUUGGACAAAUACACAAGUUCUAUUUUUGUUAUUGUCAUUCCUGUUUACCUACUUACAACUCUUUGUACUUGUAUUUGAGACAAAUAGGUGAUACUGAAUUAUACUCUAUUUUCUACUUUCAUUAAAACAUUGGUAUCUUAAUGAUAUAGAAAUUUAAGGUCUAAAAUUAAAUGUAAAAAAAUUUAA